UGUCAGCGCCAGUGGGAACUCAAAGAAGUAAUCUGUGUCAGGCUCGCUUUGGUGAAAACGCAAUUUUUGUUUCUGUAUUUUAUCUGUGAUUUUCCUGUAAAUUCUUAAGGAAUUUGAUUGGUUUUUCCAUCUGUACAUUGUCUACAGAGGGCUAACUUACAAAGAGUGCAGGGUGACUGGAAAUCAGAGGCGGAUUUGAGAGAUUUGUUGGCCUGCUGCGCAAAAAAAAGCCGAAGGAAUUUCGCAACAUCGCCAUGGACUUCAUGGAUGAAGAUCUGGAUGAGGAUGAGACCAUGGAGGACAGUGAUUCAGACUACGAACCAAUCCUCAAUUCCAUCCUCUUUCACGAUCGCGAUGGUUUCAGGGGUUCUUCGGCCACCACCAGACGCCACUACAUCCUCCUGGUGCUGCAGAAUCUCGUGGGAAGUGGCCUGAUUGAAUAUGAGGGUGAGGGCUGUAUUCGAAAAUUGCCCAAAAUCCAGGGCAAACAGACCACAGACAAGCUCAUCAAGAAUGACAUCUACCAGAGUGUCUUGCAGGCGUCUGGUCACAGAAGCACUGCAAAUCAACCCUGGAGUCUGGUGAAGAUGAUGAGUGAUCGACAGCAUCAGAACUCAUGGACGGCCUCGCAGAAGUGCAAAGUGAACAAUGUGUUUCUGCCCAACGGCAAAGAACGCACGGCCAUGAGGUACGAUUCCAAGGUCUUCUGCGGACAAUUCACCCCAGAUGGGAAGCACUUUGUGACUGCGUGUCAGGAGGGCGAGAUUCGUGUGUACGACGCCACCACAUCCGCCUACAAUCACGUGAACACUCUCAUGGGGCGAGAUGUUGAAUGGAGCAUUCUGGAUCUGGACUUCACGCCCGAUGGACGAGAGUUUGUCUAUGCCACAAGGUCGAGUUGUCUUCACGUGGGCGAUCUAUUGGGACGCAGUGCUGAGAUCGUUUGCAUUCCUUUUGAUGAGUGUUCGAUUCAUAAGUUCGCCUCGUAUUCCGUCCAAUUUGCGAAUGGCGGCCGCGAGAUUAUUGCGGGUUGCAGCGAUGGAGCGGUUUCGGUGUACGACCGGGAGGAGUCUGUGUGGACGGAGCGUGCCUUUGAGGACAAUAUGGAGGUGAAUGCGGUGCGUCUGCUGGAAGACAAUUCGCAUAUUGUGUGUGCUGGAUCAGAUGAUGGCACUGUCCGGAUAUAUGAUCGUCGUUCGAUGGCUAUGAAGACACGCGGGAGUGUGGGGAUGUUUGUAGGCCAUUUGGAUGGUGUGACGUCGAUUGAUGUGAAGAAUGACGGGAGGUACUUCAUUACAAACUCAAAGGAUCAAACGAUAAAGCUUUGGGAUGUACGUGUGAUGUCCAAAGAGAGUCAGAUUCAGGAAUUUGCGGCUGGGAAGAGGGAUGCUUUUCGUGAUUGGGACUAUCGUUGGAACAAUGUUCCGCCUAGCUACUACAAGGUCAAUGAUUUGGCUGGAGAUACGAGUGUGAUGACGUAUCGGGGUCAUCGGGUGAUGAAGAGUCUCAUCAAGGCCAAAUUCAGUCCGGCCAGUAUGACUGGCCAGAGAUACAUUUAUACUGGCUGUGGAACUGGGUACCUUGUGAUGUAUGAUGUCCUCACGGGGGAGAUGAUUCAGGCUCUCCGGGGACAUAAUAAUAUUGUGAGAGAUGUAGCCUGGCAUCCGCAACGUUCGGAGAUACUCACAAGUUCUUGGGACUGCAAUGUGAAUUUGUACACUUACGGAUGGCCGGAAACAAAGAAGAAAGCUCCCCCAAGUACCGGUGUUACACUCAGACGUUCCCUCAGGAUUGCCAAUCGCAAUCGUCAUCGAUCGGACUCCUCAUGAAGGAUACGCAAAAGACAGGUAUUCCCUCUCAUCUAAUCUUCGAUCUUUGUUUUUUUUCUCUAUUUUAUUUGGAUUCUUUUUUUUCAAGCCAUCAUUUUCCAUUAGAUGGCAAUUUUCUUCUCAAAAAAAAAAAAAAAAACGAGGGAAAUUAUUUAAAUAACAAGGGAGAGAGAUAGAGUUGAUUUUGAUAAAUUAAGUUUUGUAUUUGGGAAAAACAAAAAAAAUGAAGAGGAAAUCCUUGGUCAUAAUAAAUAUUAUAAUUUGGAUUAUUAAA